AACACCACGCUAUAAAUUGUGUGUCAGAUGUUGCAAGUAUUAAUUAAAUAUUCGUGUUAUUGUCAGAAAUGUGACAUAUCUUUAUUGAAUAUUUAUUUAUUUGUAACCUGGAUGUAAAUAUGGGACAGAAACACAGUGCAAGAUUAAAUGAUGCAUCUGUUCCGGAAGAUGGAUUUAAACGGUAUCUGAAGGGAGAAUUUGCUGCCAUGGAUACUGCAAAGCAUGGAACGUUGUCACUUCAUCAGUUUGAGAAAUUAUUGACCUUCUUAGGUUAUGAUGGAGAAAUGAAACCAGAGACAAUAUUUCAUAAAGGAAAUUUUGACUCAAAAAAAGGCAUAACAGUUGAAGAGUACUGUAAAUUAAUGAAUAAGUUUCCGGAUGUUAAAAAUAGAACCAACAGACUACGAGCACUGUUCUUAAAAUUUGACCAUAGUAAUGACGGUUUCGCCCCAAAAAAGGACGUAGUAGAGGAGAUUCGGAAGAUGGGUGUAGAAAUUGACAAAGAAACACUCUCCAAAGUAGAUAAUAUGGACAUUAAUAAAGACGGAAAGAUAUCAUACCAGGAAUAUGUGUAUACUAGUUUGAAGGAGAAAAAAUAUAUUUGAUAUGAGUUCAUAAAGGCGUGUAUUUAUUUACAUAUUUCAUACAAAAGGUCUGGAAAGUUUUGUACAUUAAAGAACUAAAGUAGCUUCACAAUAUUCACUUUGUAAUCUGAAUUUAUUUGAUAAAAAUCUAUACGUUAAUCAUUAAAAGGGAGAUAAAAAAAAUAUAAACAAAAUACCAUUGUUCUACUUUUCCCUCGUUAUUAAAAUUUAUUUGGCUGAUAAAUAAUCAUUAAAAGAGAGAGAGAAAAAAAACAACAACAAAAAAACAGCUGUGCCUUGGGCUGUAAUUUACACGAUUUACCAUCAAUUGACCUUUUACCUUUUGACUAGAAAAUCAAUCAGGUAAUAUAUAAGGUUAAAAUGCAAGCAAAGUAUACAAAAUAUAUAUGAUGGCUUUAUUUUUUGCUUAAAAUCUGUAUUUGGGAUAGAAAUGAAAUGCAAAAAAAAAAAAACAUUCGUAUUCUGUCUAAACUACUUUGAUAUACAAUUAAAAUAUGUAUAAUUAGUAUGGGUAGGAGCAGCUUUAGAUGAUUAAUUUUCCAUUUGUGUAAUAUGAAAUAUACAGCGUUUGGUACUACUUCUUGGUAUGUAUAAACAAUAAUUUGGUUCGUGAAUUGAAAUGGCAAUGUGAAUAAAAAAUAUAACAAAAA